ACCAGACAGGUUGCAAGCCGGCUUGGUGUUUUGUUUUGGCUAAAAUGUUAAGGGUGGAUUGAACCUAAGCAGGUACUGUCUGCUGCUGCUGCUGGUGCAUGCAACCAACGCGUACAUGUAGGUCUCGUGCACUUUGCCACAAAUCAGGCACACACAACAGUGAUUUGCUACGAUUCAUACGAUGCCGACUUUGCUCUCUUGCUUUUACUCUCUGGAUGUGCGGAACCAUGGAGUAUGUUGCAAGUGGUACAUAAAGGAUCGCUUAGCUUAGGGGCAACAUCAUUUACAAUUCAGCUACCGUACAGUAAACAGCACUUGCUAAUAUUUUGUUAUAAUUCUACCUCAUACUCGUCGUCGUCGUCAUCGUCAUAUAAACAACAUGGCUGUGGAUGGGCAAAAAUUUAUGACCAAAACUCAACAUUACCGCAAGGUGACCAAGCCAUUGCUGGAAAGGAAACGCAGAGCCCGCAUGAAUCUCUAUUUGGAGGAGUUAAAGGAAUUAAUAGUGGACACCAUGGAGGAGCAGGGAGAACACAUCAACAAGCUGGAAAAGGCCGAUAUACUAGAAAUGACGGUGACUUACCUCAGAAAUCAGCAGAAGGCUGAUGGGUAUGCCCAACCUCUGGCCAAAAAAACUUUGAAUGUGGAGAAGUUUCGUGAAGGCUAUACGCAGGCUGCCUAUGAGGUAUCCAAAAUAUUCUCCUCAGUGCCGGGCAUUGAUCGUGGCUUUGGCACCCGUCUCAUGAAGCAUUUGGGUUAUCAGCUAAAGGAUUUGAAGCAGCACCUAUUUACCAAUGGCACCUCUGGCCAACCAUUGGUGCGCGAUUUGGAAAAUCACCAUCAAAAUGGAUUACCCUCCAAGGAUGAAGAUGUAUGGCGCCCUUGGUAGAGCUAAGGAAGGAGGAAAAAAAAUCCAUGAAAGUACGAAUUUACUAUUGCUAUCUCAUAAUUAAGAAGCUUUAUUAGUUUAUAAGUCAUUCACGAGAUAUAUGAGAGAGUGUGUGUGAGAGUGUUCCGCAUGUGCGUAUGUAUGUAUGUAUGUCAGUUGUGUUCAAGGACUUAGUUUUAGUUAUUUCUUCUCUUCCAUUAUUAUUUUUGUUUGUGAUAUUCUGUGAUAGUUUUAAGAUGCUCUGGAUAUGGUACAACUCUAAGGAUCUCCAUACAAAUGACAAGUAUUUUUUUUUGUUUAACUCUAAGGCUUUAAUGUUUUGUUUUUUGGAUAAGUUUUAUA